AUGGCUGGUACCCAUGCUCAACAACCCUCCACAUCUCCAACCGCAACACGCCCGCCACUCCAUUCUCAUGGCUCAACAUCAGUUCCCUCCACCCCUCACCAAAAGGCCCACGAUUACCGCUUCCAUUCACGAUCGCCAUCACCUCGACGAGGUGUCAACAGUCAUUCUCCCAAAUCGGUGGCUUCCGAAGCCUUGGGCCGUCCUCCAGCGAAAGCCGGCGCACCCACAUUAUGCAAAUUCGAGACGGGCGAUGAGAUUAGGAAACGAAGGAUACCGUACGUGGACGGCGGGCAUGAGGAAUUAGGGCCGCCCAAGGAGGAACCGAAGAAGACCUUGACACCAGAUGAGCGAGAAAAGUUGAGUGGUGACAUGCGUGAGCUGUAUGACCGGUUACUGCCGUCCCAGGAGAGCGAAGAGAACCGAGCGAAAUUGGUGCAGAAAUUGGAACGCAUCUUGAACGAGGAAUGGCCGGGCCAGGACAUCAGCGUCAAUGUGUUUGGGUCGUCAGGGAACUUGCUCAGCUCGACGGAUUCAGACGUGGACAUCUGCAUCACGACGCCGCUGAAGAAGCUCGAGUCGAUGCAUUCACUGGCUCUGUUACUCCAUAAACACGGCAUGGAAAAGAUUGUCUGUCGAGCAGCCGCCAAGGUGCCGAUUGUGAAAUGUUGGGACCCUGAAUUACAGCUCGCUGCAGAUUUGAAUGUCAACAAUCCCCUUGCACUACAAAAUACGAAAAUGAUCAAGACAUAUGUCCAAUUGGAUGAUCGAGUACGACCUCUUGCAAAGAUUAUCAAAUACUGGACGAAACAGCGUAUCCUCAAUGAUGCUGCAUUCGGAGGCACAAUCAGCUCAUAUACGUGGAUAUGUAUGAUCAUCAGCUUCCUCCAAAGACGGAAUCCUUCGUUAUUACCAUCAUUGCAAAAAUCAGAAGACUGUCGUCUUCCGUCCGACAGCGGUGAAACAGCCCCCUUUGCCGACGAUGUUGAAGCCUUGAAGGCGCAUGGAAACGAGAACGAGGAGUCACUAGGCGAGCUUCUCUUUCAAUUCUUUCGCCACUACGGAUACGAGUUCGAAUAUUCCAAAAGUGUGGUGUCGGUCAGGGAAGGGCGAUUAGUUUCAAGACAAGAAAAGGGAUGGGAGCCAAGCAAUUACCACGACAAGGAGGCACAAAAACGAUUAUGCGUGGAAGAGCCAUUCACCAUCAAUCGAAAUUUGGGCAAUUCUGCCGAUGAUUACGCUUGGCAUGGUAUUCAUGGGGAGAUUCGAAGAGCGUUUGAUCUCUUGGCAGAUGGACUUCAGCUGGAAAAAUGCUGCGAGCAGUACGAAUUCCCUCCGGAAGAGAAGCACGUCUUUCAAAGGCCAGCGCCAAAGCCGAAGCCGACCUUGACCCGGAGUGCGUCUCAAUCUGGCCAGUCAGAUCGUCAAACGAAUCAGGGCAACCGAUCACGGAAGAACAAUCGAUGCUCUUCGAUCACAACUGCAAGCGCAUCACGCGCAGCAGGCGCAGGUGCAGCAUGCACAAGCGCAAGCGCAAGCUCGCAAUGGCGACGCUACGGGUUCGCCUCGACACAUGCCCAUGACGAAUGGAAUGCCGAGCCCACGACCGUAUGA